CUCGUGCGAUGCCACUUGAGCCUCAGACUACUCGACAGACCGUCGUUGUGUGACGAUACUCCUGAUGACAGACCCGAUGUCUUUGGAAACUGGGUGCAUUAUUGCCAGGCCGUGGAGGACGAGGUGGCAGUGGACCAGCAGCACGUCAGAGGUAGUGGUGCACUGGCGAGGGUGACUGAGGAGGAGUUGACUCACGCUAGAGAGAGGAUGCGCAUCGUUUCCCGCAUGGGAGCCAUGCGACGGGUGGAGGAGUCCGAUAGGAGGCGACGCAGGGGUGGAGGUCGUGCACAUGGAGGGCAUUGGCGAUCAGGUGUCGGAGGAACGAGGCGUGGCGGUGGGGAUGAUGUGUCUUGGAGUCGUCGACAGCGGGCGGGCGUUUUCAUCCACAAGGCCCGCGAGCGUUGGGACGAGGGAGACUUUUUGUUCGACAGCUCAUCCAGCGACGGCGACGAUUUCUUCGCAUUGGGGACGCCCGCGCGUACGGACGAUGAGAGGAGAGAUGGCGACGACAGAGGUGAUGGCAGACGUGGCGGCGACAGGGGAGGUGGUGGUGGAGGUGGCGGUGCCGGUGGCGGGGGCGAGGACCCUCACAACGGAGUUGACCAGUGUGAGCACGACGGUCCUGCACCUGGUUGGCCGGUCGUCUUGCAGCGUUUGAGACGAGGGGCCAGACCGGAUAACAACAUCGCCUCACGUGUGCGCAAACGUCAUCUUCGGCCUCAACACGAUGCGAUCGUCACGGAGGCACACGUCGUGCAGCACGAGCAGGUUGUCGUUUCUGAGGACUCCAUGAGCGACAAGGACUUUGUUCCUUCUGAUGCUGACAUGGGUGGCACGGAGGAUCAGCCCGAUCUUGUUGAGGCGCCGACCACGUCUGUGACGGCGAUGUUAGCGCCGGAGAAGAGUGGACAAGGGUUCACUCGUCCGAAGUCUACGACACACAUUGGUUCAGAGAACGGAGAGGUUGAGAGAGGGGCCCACGGGGGAACAGGCGUCGCGGUCCCCUCCAUAGGCGAGGCAGUACAUCCUCCCACGGUCGACGUUGGUUUGGAGGACGGAGAGGUUGUACGUACUCCCACGUGUGCCUAUGAGGGAGAGGAUGCACAUCAUGCCACGGUUGACCUUGUUGGCCUCGCCUGCCCCACAGGCAGUCUUCCGCCCACCGCCGUGUUGCUCGCCAUGCACUCAGCGUUGGAUCGUCUGCGUGACAUGUCGACUUUGAUGUCUUCCACUUUGCCAUUCGUGGCACCACCAGCGACUGGUCCGGCGGACGACACAAAUGUAGUCUGUAGAGGAUUCGACGAGUUCGUCGGCGACACGAUAUUGCAUCCCGGUGUUUCCGCCAGUCCCGCAGUUUUUCAUAUGGGAGCACCGCAUGCUGUGGACCAGGGUUUGGCGGAGCAGGUAGCACGGAACCGCUAUGGCGGACCGCGCAUUGCGGCGCAACGCAGUCUUGGGGAUUCAUUUGAAAGAGUGGAUGCAGAGUGUGAGGCGCAGGAGGGUCUGUGUGCACAGGAUUUCGCAGGCGACGGGUCAUCAUUCUAGGUAGGACCUCAGGCAGACCCGCAACCAGGCCCGCUCCCUUCGGCGCAGGAGAUGGUUCCCGUCG